AUGGUCCGAAGUAGAGCUACAAAACAUUCAUCAAACAACAUCAACAUCAACAACAACAUCAGCAACAUCAACAACAACAUCAGCAACAUUAAAAACAUCAAUAACAACAACAACGUCAACAAUAACAAUAUCAGCAACAACAUCAGCAACAACAUCAACAACAGCAUCAAUAUUUCACCAAUAUCUGCAUUUUGUGUCAUCAACAACGAGACCAGCAGCAACAGCAGCAGCAACAUCAUCAUCAACAACAACAAUAACACCGACAAUAACAACGACAACAGCAAUGAUUUAUCAUGUGACUUUGAUGUUUUUGAGGGUUUUUUAAGGGCAGAUGAGGACAAGAAAGCGAAUGAUUUUAUCAAUAAUCUUUCAUUUAACAUUAACAAUUCAGACAUCAUCAACAAUCCCGUCAUUAAUGACAUUAAGCUUAGCUGUCUUAACAUCAGUAACAGCAACAAUGACAUUGAUAAUUUUAAUGAAAAUUUUACGACAGCUGCUGCUAAAGAUACAGCUGCUAAACGGGCAGCUAAAAUAGCAGCCACUCUAAAUGGCAUUACCUCUUUUGAUAUUAAUAUUAACAAGAAAACUAACCCUGCCGCUAAAAGUAGACAAACUAAAAAAAGUUUUAAUAAUGGCGAAUAUGCCGUGACGUCAAAAGUUAUUUCUGCUGCUACUACUACUACUACUACUACUCCUACUACUUCUACUACUAUUACUACUACUACUACUACUACUAAAUCUAUUAGUUUCACCAGCAGCGAUGUUAAUGUGAUGAGAAAACGCGGGAAUAAAAUUGAAAAGUCGUCUGAACUCUUAAAAUAUUUACUUCCAGACUCCAAAGAUAAAACAGCGGCUUUCCAUGAUAAAAGUGACAAAGAUAAAAUAGUGGCUUUCCCAAAUGGAGUUAAACCUAAUGAGAUACUUGAAUGGUUUGACUCCAACUACAACAACAACAAUUGUUAUAACCAUUAUAACAGUAAUGAUAACGGUGAGGAUGACAGCAAUUUCGUCAAUGUCAGCGGUGCAGACGUCAAUUCAAAUAGUUGUAGCACUGAUAGGUUCAAGAGUAAUUCAAAUAGGGAAAACAUUAUGAAGGAUUAUACGAACAACUUAAAUAACAACAAUAACAACCUAGAUAACAGUAACAUUAACUUGAAUAACAAUACAAAUAACAUAAAUAGUGAUGCAAAAAUGAGCAAAAGAGGUCUUCGAAACAUUAUCACAUCGAAAUUAACAAGAAAGACAGUUGCAAAACAACAUCAAAUGACAGCAACAACAUCAGCAGUGACGUCAACAACAACAGCAACAACAAGCGUUCAGUCGGGUCUCGCAAAGAAAUCUCUCAACAGACGACCCUCCUUUGAUUUGACGGCAACUGCACCUGCUGCCGCAUCAGUUGCAACAACACCGUACAACAACGUGUUUGCGCAACAUUACACGUUGCAGCAACUAAGUGAGGCGACCAAAAUUAAAGUUAUCAACAACAACAUCAUCAGCAACAACAUCAACAGCAACAAUGCCAUUAACAAUAGUAAUGACAUUAACACCAACAACAACAGCAACAUCAUCAUUCACUUUAACAACAUCAAAAACCACAAGAACCAUCACAUUUUUAUGGAUAAAAACCACCACCACCAACAACAACUUCAUUUCAAACCACCACCAACAACAUCAACAGCAGCUGCAAUCUUCAGGUCGUCAUCAGCCUCUAUUGAGAAUAAAAAUUUCCUAGACGAUUGCAGUUUUGAAAACGAAAUUGCCGCCAAAAAUUUGACGCUAAUUUCAAGUAGGCCCAGCACUGUGAUGUCAUCAAUGAUCGAUGACGUCACUGGCGUCGAUGGGGACAAUGACGUUUUCGAUGAUGAGUUCACGCCCGCAAAUUUUAGAUGCUCCAUUGAUGAAGGAAUCUUUUCCGACGUCACACAAGAUGUCAAUAAGACGCCAAUUGUGGCGUCGCCACCACUGACACCACACCAGCAACACCACCUCCACCACCAGCAGCCACAGCAACACAACAGUCUUCAUAACAGCAAUGGUAAUGUCAGUUAUGUCAUCUCGAAUGGCAAUAACUUUAAAGGCUUUAGAAAUCAUUGCAAUAAUUUUCUAACAGACAGCAGUAAUAGUAUCAACAACAAUAUUGGCGCAAAAUUUAGAUACAAUUUAGCCCAUGAAAUCCCUUACAACAACAACAACAACAACGACGACGACAACAACAACAAUAGUUACAUCAGUGACAACAGCACAGACAACAAUAAUUCAUUAAACAGUAUCGAUAGUUUAAACUUGUUCAACUGCUCUUGGCUUCAAGAUGACGAAACACAGAUUGAACAACAACCACAACGACAACAACAACAACAACAACAGCAACAUCAUCAACAUCAACAACAUCAUCAACAACAACAUCAUCAACAACAACAACAGCAAAAGACAAAUGGCAUUAAUGUGAUAUUCGACACUAGCAACACCAUUAGAAGCAGUGGCCAUAGCGGUUUUGCAGCUGUUGACAACAGGCUAACACCACCAUCAUCGUCGUCGUCAUCAUCGACAUCAUCUUUGACGUCAUCAUUCAGAAGUCAAUCAGUUCCAGCGAAAUAUAUUUUUUCCAAUGAAUUUAUUAGCCUAGCUGAUGAAAUAAUGACAGAUUUCAAGGAUGUUGUUUUACCAAAUGGUGAUUUCUAUCUCAUGAGUGAUAACAACGAUGACAAUGAUGAUAAUGUCUUAGUUGGAGAUGUCGAUAAUGAUGAUGGUGACAUGAGGCUUGGCGAUGAUAAAUCAGGAUAUUAUUUUAUGGAUUGAUUGAUUGAUUGAUCCGUUCGUUCAUCAUUGUGUGAUAGAAUCUCUAGUUUAUUCAUACAUUCAAACACUCAUUCAUAACUUAUUUAUUCAUUUGUUUAUUCAUUCAUUCAUUCAUUCAUUCAUUCAUUCAUUCAUUCAUUCAUUCAUUCAUUCAUUCAUUCAUUCAUUCAUUCAUUCGUUCAUUCGAAUGAAUGAAUGAAUGAAUGAAUGAAUGAAUGAAUGAAUGAAUGAAUGAAUGAGUUAAUAGUUUAUUCAUUUUUCAAAAUGAUUUGAAUGAAUUUUUUACAUUUUUUCACUUUUGAAGUAGCUAAAUGA